CUAGGGCAAAAUCCGGGUACGGGUACCUUGGCCGAUCUUAACCAUUCGUUUUCAAUCUCCACGACUCACGUUUGUUAAACCUUCUUGCGCACUAAAUAACUAAACAAAUUACAAAAAGGCUCCUGCCGCGUUAAGUUUUUUUUCAUCCUAGUCCAACUAACUGAACCGAUUAAAUUAAAUUGAUUAAGACUGCAAACCCAAUUGGGUAGACCCACUGCCGCCCUAACCAAUUUCCAGUCUCCCUAACCAAUUACACGAUCCCUCUCUCGUCUUGGAGGGACGCCCCUUCACAGUUCCAAGAGAAGCUCCCCAUCCAAUUUGAACUCCCCAACUUAAUCAUCUUUUUGAAUCCCAAUUACUUGCAUCCACAUUCGACGUAGAUUGAAUUUCCCAAUUUAUUUUGUCUUGUUUCUUCUUCGCCAUUUUAUUUCCCCUCGUCUAUCUCUUUCUAACACGAUUACGGCGACCGUGUCUAUUAUUUUGUUCAUCAAACUUUUCAUUUGCAAAAGAACCCUUGAAAGAGGUUUGCUAACCCUAGGGUUCAUGUCGCUAGUGCUUUGUCAUCUUGUCUUAGCGUUAUUGUGAUUUUCUCGAACCUUAUAUCUCUCGGUGAAAUUUAGGUUUCCUGAUAUGUAGUGUUCGUCUCGCCCAGAGGAUUGAGGAAGAAGAUGAAGAACACAUAAUUUGAUUCGAAUCGGAUGGAGAGGUCUCCUUAGUUUGUGUUUAUGUAUUAACGAUGCGUUUAGGAGUAAUUCUAGUUGGACUAGGUCUGAUCAUUGAUUUUUGCCGGCUUUUAAAUAAGAUUCAAACGUGGGCUUGUACAUGACCCAUGCAAUAUUCAAAAGUGGGCCUGGAACGUGCGAGCCCAUUUGUUUUCUCCUGCAGUAUCAAUUCGUGUGCUAAUCCUAGUUUAACUAGCUUUACUUACCCUAGUUUAAGCUACACGAGUUAACAUCAUCAUUACUACAUAUCUUCCGAAAUCUUCUAACUCUUGACAUUCCAGACUCAACCGUCUCCAUCACACUCACGUCUCCACACUCAACCCCCACGAUCACUUUUUCUUACACCUACAUUCUCUCUUUCCUCCAUCUUCACCUUCCCUUGUUCCUUCUUCCUCUGACUCCAUGGCAAACAAAGGUAAAUCUUUUGCGGAAAUGGGGAUACUAUCUCUUUCAAACGAAGACUGCCGAUCCACCGCAAGUCUCGGGGACUAUCUUUCAUUCACAAGCAAGACAUCAAUUGUGGCCGAGUACGAGUUCAUCCACCUGAGUCCUUUCCCUGCAAAAGUGAAGAAGUUAAUUAAAAAUCUUGGCUGGGAAAAGUUCUUUGAUCUCCGGAGUCGAGGAAGCACCAGUUACUGCCCGCAUGUGGUGAGGAAGUUCUACCACAAUUUAGAGCUGUCUGGUCCCUGCGAUUCGCAUCUCGUGUCGAUCUUCCUAGGUCAUAGAGUCUGCUUCCAGCCUCAUCAGUUUGCUGAGAUCCUCGAUCUCCCCGCCACAGGACACCCCAUUGAUAGCAGAAGCGAUCUUGGGCGGCUGUACGAUUUUGAGUUUGAAGUUGAACUGGCAAAACUGACGAAGGGGCGCAUCCAGGCUUCUUUCCUCCCAGAUCCUCUUCGAUUCCUCCACUGGAUGAUCGUCAACUGCUUCAUGCCAAGGUACCGUGGUCAUUCGAUUAUUCGUAAACUUGACCUGUUUAUCCUUGUGCAAGCUCAAAGAGGUGUUCCUGUUAACCUCGCAUCUUUCAUGUGCCUGAACAUGGUUGAGGCUGCUCCUAGAGGGGAAAACUGGUACACUGCCUUUCCAUAUGCCACCUUCUUGACCACCUUUCUUGAAAGGGUUGGGAUGGAUAUGGGGGUUUAUGCUAAGGAGGACCAGUGUGCCUAUUUGCCAGUCUACCGUAUCGUCGAAUUGACCAAUACUUUUAUUGACCUUCGGCAUACGGAGCAUGAAGAGACCCCUGAGGCAUCCUCAAGCAAACGUCCUCGGCUUACAUGAGAGUCGAUUGAUGCAGGGCGAGGUGGAGCGUUGGAGCAUCAAUGGGCCAGCAUUGGAUGUCUUUUGUUAAUAAGUUUACUCAGGCUUUGUUGGGUUUUUUUUUUCCAGUCUUAUUCUCCAGCACUCAAAACUGUCAGGUACUGAGGGGAGCCAGUACAUCAUCUGACUAGGAAAGUCUCCCAUUUUUUUAAUUAUCCAGACAAAUAUUUUUCUAUGCAUGCAGUAUUUUGUGAAUUUGCCAUGGCUAAUUUCCCUAAGACAGGUGACGAGAUGCAACAAUGGUCAUCCCUAAGCAAGGAGGUGCAAUUGCAUCCUACACUUGCUAUGAUGUGAGAAGCUAUUUCAAGGGUGCAAAUUUGCUUGCAAUUGAAAUUGGCCCACGAGUGGGGACUAUUGAUGAAAUUGCAAUGUUUUCUCAAAAUUAUAGAAGUGGAAGUAGGGGACUACCUAUGAAAUUGCAAAUGAAUUUCAUUGUGGGAG